GACGCCCUUCUUCUAGCUACUUCCGCUUCUGUGUCAAGACAAGACUACACACUAAAUUCCUGCCCACAUCCUCUGGACUUGCCAAAACAUUAACACUUCUAAUUCAGCCAAGGUAGCUAAUUCGCCAAGUUUAGCAACACCAAAGGCAACUUAUCUCUCAAGUUGUGGUCAUCCUCUUGGUGUCUGGUGACUAAGAGGCUCACCUCCUCCGACUUACAUCUCCAGGUGUCAGUCUUCUGUAGUCAGACCAUCAUAAAUCAGCAUAAACCGGACUCUGGCACCAUCGCUGCUGACUUUGUGACACUGCAGAGGGUCCCUGUCCACAGCUUUCCUUUCAGAAGAGCUCUGUUGGGACACUACCAAAAGGAACAUGUGCUAGAAGCUGAACAUCUGUCCCAAACUGCUGGUUGGAUUUGACUGUAGAAGAUGAGCAAUGAGGAUGAGUUUUACGACGCCGUCACUGGCCUUGAUUCAGACGAGUCGUACGAGGGCGUGUCGGAGGCCAGUUUCAAAGAUGCGCAAGUGUUUGACUGCAGCAGUCAGAAAAACAAUGGCUCAGUACCACAAGAGAAUGGCGUCAAGAAACACAGGACAUCUUUACCUGUGCCCAUGUUUGCCAGAAAUACAGUCAGCGUCUGGAGUAUCCUAAAGAAAUGUAUCGGACUGGAACUGUCUAAGAUCACAAUGCCCAUUGUCUUCAACGAGCCUCUGAGCUUCCUGCAGAGAAUCACCGAAUACAUGGAACACACUUACCUCAUCAGCAGAGCCUGCGCACUGUCCGACUCCAUAGAGCGCAUGCAGGCAGUAGCUGCUUUUGCCGUGUCAGCAGUUGCUUCUCAGUGGGACAGAACCGGAAAACCCUUCAACCCUCUGCUUGGAGAGACUUAUGAACUGAUUAGAGAGGAACAGGGUUUCCGGCUGGUGUCGGAGCAGGUAUCCCAUCAUCCUCCUGUCAGUGCCUUCCACGCAGAGAGCCUUUCCGGGGACUUUGCCUUUCACGGCUCCAUCUACCCUAAACUCAAGUUUUGGGGCAAGAGUGUUGAGGCAGAGCCUAAAGGAACCAUCACACUAGAGCUACUCAAACACAAUGAAGCGUACACAUGGAGCAACCCAUACUGCUGCGUCCACAACAUCAUCCUGGGCAAACUUUGGAUAGAGCAGUAUGGCACAGUGGAAAUAAUCAACCACAGCACUGGAGAAAAGUGUGUGUUAAAUUUUAAGCCAUGUGGGAUGUUUGGCAAAGAGCUGCACAAAGUAGAAGGAUACAUCCAAGACAAGAGUAAGAAGAAGCUCCGUGUUAUCUAUGGGAAAUGGACAGAGUGCAUGUGGAGUGUCGACCCUCAAACCUAUGAGGCUCACAAGAAAUUGGAAAAGAGAGGAGACAACAAGAAGCAAAAAAAUGACGACCAUGAAGGAGCAGACAACGAAGAUGCAGAUGACAUGCCUGAAGUCCAAGAAACGGUGUGUGUUGUACCGGGAAGCACUUUGUUGUGGAGGAUAGACUCCCGACCAGCACACUCUGCUAAGAUGUACAACUUCACAAACUUUGCCAUGUCUCUAAAUGAGCUGGAUCCUGGUAUGGAGGCCAUGUUGCCCCACACCGACUGUCGCUUCAGGCCUGACAUCAGAGCCAUGGAGAAUGGCGACAUGGAUGAGGCCAGCAGGGAGAAGGAGAGACUGGAGGUGAAGCAGAGAACUGCCAGAAAGGAUAGAGCCAAGCAUGAUGAGGGGUGGUCAACUAGGUGGUUCCAGAUGACCGCCAACCCCUACACCGGCUCCCAGGACUGGAUCUACACUGGAGGCUACUUCAACAGGAACUACCAGGGUCUGCCAGAUAUCUACUGAGGGACUUUACGCUUCAUCUCUUCCUCAUCCUCAUCUAUACCCUGACACAGUGUAAAGAGGAAUAAUAAGAACCCAUGCCCCUUUUGCUCCCAUAUUCAUCUCAGAGCCUUAAUCAUCAUCCUAAACUCACUGACCCACCCAGCACAUAUUGGAAAGACUUAAAAGGCCAAAGCCCACAAACCAUCUCGGUGGAUUUUACCUCCAAACUACCAGCAAGCAUCUCGCAACUCUCUGACCAAGCACUAUAUAGAGCACAAAAUCAUAUUUUUUUCCAGUCAAUCCCAGUGACAGAGAGCUGAUAAUGCCCACAGACACACAGGUCCAGUUUGAAUGUCCAAGAUAUUUGUAAUCAAACUCCUCUCUGAAGAACUUCUGGCAUACCUCUGGGCUCAUGCAUUAUAAAUAUGAGUGAAAAUGAACUGAGACUGAACUCGUCACAAUGGUGGUUUGAUGUACAUGCACAGAAGGUGAAACCCAGUCAACGAGGAAAUCAGGGAUGUGAAUGUUCCUUUGACUGAAAAUGGAUUUUGAGGACGUUUUUUUUUUUUCUUGUUUUGGAACUUCCUUAAAACUCAAAAACCUAAAGAUAAACACAGGUGACAGGUCACUCUUUAAAGAACAAAUGUAUAUGUUUGCUUAAACUGGUCUGGACAAAUUGAAUGCAGGCAUGCGCUGAUUCAUAUUGCCAGGUCAUGGCCCUAAAACAUACUAAUAUUUGUUGUUAUUGUUUUAAUAACAUUCAUAAGACAAAUUAUGUGUCGGGGUAAAUCAAAAGAACUUCGAAUGAAAAUUUCAUUGGGUAGAAGAGCAGAAUGCCACACGUUGUCUUACCGUUUAACCUGGUACUUCAGUUUAGAGGUCUGAAAGUAAAACGUUUUGUGACCCUCAUCUAAAAACCGAGUGAGGGUCAUCACAUAGGCAAGAUAUUUGAAUAGGCUUCAUAUGAGCAAAAUAUCCUGACUUCUUUUGAAGAAAACUUCAGCAUUAGGCACAGACGGAGUUAAGAAUGAAAGUGAAAGAAAAGAUUACAGUGAUAUGGCAUACAUGCUGAGCAUGUGAAUGAGUGUGUAAAUAUGUACACUUAACGAUAAACACUUACAGACACACUAAUCACAGGAGAUUGUUUUUUGUGUUAAUGAAUGUGGGGAAAAAGUUAACCUAAAAACUAUAUUAUUGUUCACCUCAUCAGCAUUGCUGAAAACGGAGGGAAAGACAUGUCCUUGUAAUAUAAUGUAACAUACAGCUGUAGACAUUGGAGCGUGGGGGUUGGGUCCGUGGACAGGGCUGCUGAGGUCCAGGGGCUCUCGUCUAAAAAAGAAAAACUUAAAAAGAAAAAUCACAUUAAGGGAAAAAACUCACCAACAGGCAACUUUGGAGAUGUAUCAUAGCAACACACAAGACGGUCACAACGAUUGUAGUCUUUCUUUUUUUGGUCCGCAUCCAGCUACUGUAUACAAGUAUGUGCCUUGGGGUUCAUGUGCUAGAUCAUCGCCUUGUUAUUCUCACAGUCCACCUUAAUAAAAAAAGAAGAGAAAAGCAUCCUGAUGAAUGCUCACACAAACUGAUUGUUCAGAGCUUCCAGCUGAUGAGCAGGUCUGAAACUCAAAACAAAGACCAGUAACACUAGGACACCCAUGCUGCAUGACUUUGCCUCUGCAGAUGUUUGAAUCAUGCUGAGAUUGAGAGAUUGACAAAAAACGAAGAAAAAAGGACCCAAUGCUGCACCGAUCAAAUGUGGAUUUCAUUCUUUUUUUUCCCGUUCAGUUUCGGAGACGAACACCUAAAAGUGAUGGUAAAAGUGUAAAUGUGUGAGAUGAAAAGAUCAGCCGGGCAGUGGGAUGCUAUUAUAUUAAUGGUCAAAAACAUUCCUUUUCAUUCCACAACAUGAAGGCUCAAACCUAUGUAAAAUCAACCUGUCAACAGAACUGCUCACUUUCUUUUUAAUGUGGUCGAAUUCAAAGUCAGAUCUGACCUGUUUGGUCUGGUGAUAUCGGAGGUUUUGACACCAAACAUUUACUGCAGAUGUGAAAAAGUCAUAGUAAAAAAUGAGGGGGAAAAUCCGAACCUGGAGGUCUGGAUUUGCUCUUGGACUUGUCCUGCAUCAGACUGAUGGAAAUACCCUGAUUUCCUUUUUUUUUCUUUUUCUUU